AUGAUGGCUGUACAGGUCAGAAGAGUGAUGUUCCCCGCGAUGGUGACUUUGUUUCUGGGAGCCUCAUCUUCAAUUUGGCCCCUGGCUCCUGCAGCGGCCUUCCUGCUUCCGUCCUGCCGGCUCAUCAACCAGACGGUGUCUCUGGAGAAGGAGGGCUGUCCAACGUGUCACCUAGUGGAAACAACCAUCUGCAGCGGCCACUGCUUCACCAAGGACCCUGUCUUUAAGAUAGCGUUCAGCAACGUGUACCAGAAUGUGUGCAUGUACCAGGACUUGUACUACAAGACCUUUAAGCUCCCUGACUGUUCUCCCGGCGUGGACCCGAGCGUCACCUACCCCGUGGCUUUGAGCUGCCACUGCGGCCGCUGUGCUAUGGCCACGUCUGACUGCACCUUUGGGAGCCUGCAGCCCAACUUCUGCAUUCAUGACAUACCUUUCUACUACUAG